AUGGUGGGGGAAAUAGUUUACGCUGAUUUAACGCAUCCUGGGGAUGGUUCUUCUCCUGCCGAGAAGCGCCGCGCUCCUGCCUUGUGCCCACGGUGGCAUGGGGUUGUCCUCAAAGCCAGUGGGCUGGUGCAUCUCAUCCUGUUGGUGCUGGUGGUGGUGCUGAGCAUACAGGCCUGUGCUGGCUGCCAGCUGUGUCCCCAGGACUGGCAGCUCCAUGGGGAAAGAUGCUACUGGCUUUCCAAGGAACGGAGGAACUGGAAGCAAAGCAAGAAAGGCUGCGAAAAUCAGGAGUCUCAGCUGGUAGUGCUCCAGGACAACAAAGAAAAGGAGUACAUCAAGAAUAUUACAGGCAGAGGCACGCAGCCGCUGUGGAUCGGGCUAAUAUCAUCCCAUGAGAAGUGGAGAUGGGUGGACAACACAACCUUCGACACCAACACGUUUGGCACCUUGCAGGGGAUGGAUGGAAGAUGCGGGACGCUGAAAGACACGGUGCUAGAGGUCGAUACCUGUGACGGUGAACACAAGUGGGUUUGCCAGAAAGAUCCUUUCCAGCUCUCCCCACCAACGGCGGGAGACAGGGAGAAAUGCGAUGCCUCCACCUGA